AAUGGUCAUUAAACAAACUGUUUUGUUUUUACAAUUUGAUAAUGUAUUUUAAUAUUCGCACAAGUACCUGUGAAAUAAUUCAGAGGUGCUGGCUUAAAAUAAGAUAUAGAAGUAAUAUUGAUUACAAAACUUAAAUAAAAUAAGAAAUGGGUUUUGAUGUCAAUCGAUUCCAAGGUCCUGUUGAUGAAGAGCUUAUUUGUCCAAUUUGCUCUGGUGUCUUACAAGAUCCUGUACAGGCACCGGAUUGCGAACAUGCAUUUUGUAGACUUUGUAUGAACGAGUGGAUUAAUCGACAGCCAACGUGUCCGUUAGAUCGCACUCCAAUAACAGCGGCACAAUUAUUACCGGCACCAAGAAUUUUACGAAAUUUAUUGUCCAGAUUACGAAUAAAGUGUGAUAACUUUGUUCAUGGUUGUCAGCAAGAUAUUAAAUUGGAUGCACUAAUGGCACAUUUGGAAGAAUGUGAAUAUAAUCCAAAAAGACCGAUAACUUGUGAACAAGGAUGUAGUUUAAUUAUUCCUAAGGAUGAAAUGAAGAAUCAUAAUUGCGUGAGGGAAUUGAGAAAUUUAAUUCAAUCACAGCAUCAGAAUGUAACGGAAAUGAGAAGGGAAUUAAGUGAACAACAAUUUCAACUUAAUGAACAAAAGAGAGAAAUUCAUUUGUUAAAAGACUUUAUGAGAGCUAUGAGGGUGUCAAAUCCGAUAAUGCGAGAUAUUGCGGAACAAAUGGAAAGAGACGAAGUAGCUAGGUGGUCUGCAACAUUGCCGAGAGCAAGAGUGACUCGGUGGGGGGGAAUGAUAUCCACUCCCGAUGAACUCCUACAGACAAUGAUAAAAAGAACCUUGUCAGAGUACAAUUGCCCACCCCAUGUAAUCAACGAAUUAAUGGAGAACUGUCACGAGCGAAAAUGGCCUGCGGGAUUAAAUUCCUUAGAAACUCGACAAAAUUCAAGACGUCAAUAUGAAUCUUAUGUUUGCAAAAGAGUACCGGGCAAACAAGCCGUUAUUGUUUUACAUUGUGACAACACACACAUGCCUGAAGACAUGACUGUCGAGCCAGGAUUGGUCAUGAUAUUUGCUCAUGGUAUCGAGUAAAUUUGAAUAACACAUGAAAUUAUAUUUUUCUAUUAAACAAAGAGAGAAGCACUGACUUUUUGCAUUGUGUACCAUAAAUGCCUCAGCAUUAUUUGUGGUCGCUAGCCUAAAAAAAGCAUUCUACUUGGAUUAUAAUCAUUGUGUCUUUUAAUGUUAUAUUCUUUUUUAGAAUUUUUUCAAUUAGUUUUUAAAGUGGUUAUGCAGAACAUUUUUUCUGUUAAUAUUAAUUUUAGUAUUAUAUAAGAAUUGUGAUAAUUAUUUUAUAAAACAAAAAAAAAAAGAACAAGUGAUCCAUUAUCGUGAUGCAUAAAAUCCAAAAACAAAACACAAGGUUAUGUAUUUAAUCAUGUAUAUUAAAAA